UGAGAACCACAAGAGUACUGUGCAACUUCUGGUUUCCUGUGUACGGCAUUGCCUUUUUCCUUUAAUUCCUCUUAAUUUUACUUCAUAGUUCCUUUUGUGUUCCUCAAUCGUGUUUGGUUGUAAACAGUCUUCAGAAUGACACCAUUACAGUUCAAAGAUGUGUUUUGGAAGAAAAGUCAUACAACAUGAGGGGCCUAGAAUUCACCAGUAACAUUGGCUAUGAGACUCUUAUCAUGAGGCUAUGUGAUGGCCGACGAGCUUGCAAAGACAUGGAGGAGCUCUUAAAAAUGAGGGCAAUGGCAGAGGAAAGGUAUGGUAAGGAAUUGAUUACUAUAGCACGCAAGACAGGAGGCCAAAGUGAAAUUGGCACUUUGAAGGCAUCAUUUGACCAACUAAAAUUUCAAAUGGAGAACAUUGGAAAUUUGCACAUUCAUCUCUCUGGAAUGUUACGAGAAGAGGCUAAACGUAUGGAGCAAUUCAGAGAGAGGCAGAAGGAGCAGCGGAAAAAGUUUGAGGGCGUAAUGGAAAAAGUUCAGAAGAUCAAGGUGUCGUUAUAUAAGAAAACCAUGGAGUCUAAAAGGACAUAUGAACAGAGGUGUAGAGAGGCUGAUGAAGCUGAGCUAGCUGUUGAGAAGAUCAACAACACACCCACUGUCACCCCCAAACAAUCUGAAAAGACACAGAACAAAGCAAAACAGUGUAGGGAAGCAGCCACAGAUGCAGAGAAGCAGUACAUGUCAAACAUAGAACAGCUGGAUAGGAUUCGUCAGGAAUGGAACACCACACAUGAGUGCACAUGUGAGGUCUUCCAGCAGCAGGAAGAUGAUAGAAUUAACAUUCUGAGAAAUGCUAUUUGGGUCCACUGUAACCACUUCUCCAUGCAAUGUGUCAAAGAUGAUGAGUGUUAUGAGGACGUGAGGACAGUUCUAGAAAUGUGUGACAUCACAGCAGACAUCAACAGUUUCAUCAAUAUGAAAAGCACAAGCACAGCUCCCUCAGCACCCAUUAUCUUUGAGAACUACUAUGACAAAGAACCCACAGUGGACAGCAAUGGUAUCACUCGCUUUGGAGGAGGUGUGAUGAAGAGGUUUUCAAAUCUCUUGCAAGGCAGUUGUGCAGUUGGCUCUAAAAAUAAUAUUCAUGCAUGUACUCAGCCAUCAGCACCCCCAUCUGCUGACAACUCAGAUGGGGUGUAUGCAUCCAUUCCCAGAUUUCAACAAGAAACUCCAAACAAUGCUGCGCCUCAGAGCGAGAAAUAUCAGGCUGAGUAUGACUAUAUAGCUCAGGGCACUGAUGAGCUCUCCAUCUCUAUGGGGGAGGUGGUGCUCGUGGUGGAGCAGGGAGAAGACGGCUGGUGGAUGGUGGAGAGGGACGGUCAGACUGGGCUGGUGCCAGGCUCCUACUUGGCCAAGAUUUGAAUCAAGAGUGGGAGAGGACUAGAGCAUACUUGAAAGUCUCUCCCUGUCUUUAAAUGCCCUUUAAUAAUUUAAUAACAGUUAUUAAUAGGAGGACUUCUGAAAAUCUGUUUGGAUUAUGGAAACUGAUCCUAGAUCAGCUCUCCUACAUGUUCAUUUGUAAUCGACAACUGGUUAUUAUAGUGAGCUAUCAUUUUUUUAUUUUAUUUUAUUUUUUAUACCCUUUUCUCCCCAAUUUGGCAUGCGCAAUUCCCAGUGCGCUCUUAUUCCUUGUGGUGCCACAGCGACCUGCCUCAAUCUGGGUGGCGGAGUAUGAUUCACAGUUGCCUCAGCUUCUGAAACAGUCAGCCCACGCAUCUUAUCACGUGGCUUGCUGGGCGUGUUACCGUGGCAUCCACACACAACUCGCCAUGCUCCCCAUCGAGAGCGAGAGCCACCUUAUAGUGACCACGAGGAAGGUAACCCACAUGACUGUACCCACCCUAGCAAUCAGGCCAAUUGGUUGCUUUGGGAGCCUGGCUGGAGUGACUCAGUCACCCCGGAUUCUAACUCACAUCUCCAGGGGUGGUAGUCAGCGUCUUUGCUUGCUGAGCUACCCAGGCCCCCAUCAUUAUUGUUGAGAUUUAUAUUUAUUGUUUUAAUGGAAAGAUUAUUUAUUGUGAAUAAAAAGCAUAAGAAUGUAUAAGAACAAUGACCUAGGCACUAUGGACUAGCCAUUAUUUUAGUUCACAGAGACCACUGUGGCAAUUCACAUAGCCAUGAUCUGUCAUGAUCUUCUACUAAGAUCAUAUUUCCACAUAAUUAUUUAGCAAUCAGUGAUUAUAAAUCUGCAAGAGGUUUAAGUUUUGUGAUAAUUUAAAGGUAACACUUCACAAGGUUCCAUUUGUUAACAUUAGUUUAAAGAAUAUUCCAGGUUCAAUACAAGUUGAGAUCAACUGACAGCAUUUGUGGCAUAACGUUGAUGACCACAAAAAAAAAAAAAAAUUAUAAAAAACAAAAGCGAGGUUACAGUAAGGCACUUAUAAUAAAAGUGAAUGGGGGUUUAAAAGGCAGAAAUGAGAAGUUCAUAAUUUUAUAAAAGCACACAUUAUUUCUUCUGUUAAAACUCAUGUAUAAUUUGAGCUGUACAUUUGUUUAAAUCGUCAUUUAUACAAUCUUUUUUAGGGUUUGAAUGUUUGUUGACAUUACAUCUUUAGAGCAACGAAGUUGUAAAUUUGGCUAUAACUUUACACAGAAAAGUUUAGUAAGUGAUUUUAUCACACUAAAAUCAUGUUAACUGGCAUAUUGUUUAUGUCUUGUGGCUAUACUUUUGAAAUAGUAUUUUAAAGUUUACGCAUUGGUCCCAUUCACUUCCAUUGUAAGUGCCGAUUGAUCUUAACUUGUUUUAAACCCAGAAUAUUUCUUUAACAACAUUAGUUAACAUGAACUAACAAUGAACAAUACUUUUACAGCAUUUAUUAAUAUUAGUUCAUUAGUUAAUCUGUUAAUUUAAACAAAUUAGUACAUUUUUAGAAUCAAAAGUUGUAUAUGUUAAAAUUAGUUAAUGCACUAUUUGUCUAUUUUAUUAACUAACAUUAACAAAGAUGAAUAAAUGCUAUAAAAAAUAUAUAGUUAAUUUUAAGUUCAUGAUACCUAAUGCAUUAACUAAUGUUAACAAAUGGAACCUAACCGUAAAGUGUUCUCAAUUUAAAUAUUAAGUCAAAUAAGUUCAUAAUACAGUUUUAAUGGGAAUAAUCUACCUAGUGUAUGUGUCAUUUGGUUGCUUCAUUGAGUGCAUCACAAAUAAAAACUCAUAUUUCAGAGAACAUCCCUGUGCAUGUAUUAAGCUUCUUGUUGGAAUCUAGGCUGAUUCCUCACCUUAAUUAUUCAUUUUGGCUUUUGUCACAAGCAACAACAGACAAAGCCAGAGAAGUAACUCAAGUAUUUGAAAAUGUAUGCAGAUAUCUGGGACCGUAUUCACAAAGAUUUUUAUCUUACCACCAGGAGUUCUCCAAAGAGUUCCUAGCUAGGAGUUUUUGCUUAAAACCUAUUCACAAAACUGCUAAGAGCAAGUUUUACUAAGGAAAUCUUAAGAUAAGAGUAAGGCGGAGUUGACCACGUUGCUAUGGAUGAUGUCAUAUUUUAUUAGCACGCUCUUUUAAAUCACCCACAGUGAUUGGUAGACAGGAAACCGCUAUUUGUCAGCUAAGUCAGACAGACAUACAUUACAGGACUUCCUGUUCCGGUUGCUGUUGGCAUGCUGCACGAGUGUUUGUAGCUUGCUAGCUUGCUUAGCAUUGCUUUUUCUUGCUUAUUCUUAUAUGUUCAUCAUUUAUCCUUUGCCAUUUUACCGCAUGCUUUGUGUUUUUCUGCAUGUAUUUUACCACGCGCACCCGUUUUCUCUCACCGCUCAAGAACAACCAUAACAACAACAAAGUGCGGUAAGUCAUGGCAUCCGCUCAUGUUAUUUCUUCCUGCAUUGCAUGCUACAUGUUUACUAUAGCUUCUUCCGUCUGCAGUGAGGGAUUUACAUAUGAUAAAUGUAAGGAAUUAGUCAGGCUGAUGGAGAAGGUUAAUGAGUUAGAGACAUGCAUCGAACACUAGUGGAGGUCAGUGAGAAAGAGAAGUCGGUAGAUACUGUUUCGGAUGCAGUUAGUUCAGCAAGCAACACAAACAUUUUGGUUCCAGCUGAAGAGCCCCCACAGCAGGGCGUUUGGGUGACAUCUCGGCGGCAUACUCGCUCAGCAAAGUGACACCACUCUCCCGUUCCUGUUAGGGUUUCCAAUCAAUUCUCCCCACUCAGUGAUGCACCCACUGAGAAUCAUUUUGAAAGAGCCUUAAUAAUUGGUGAUUCUAUUGUAAGGAACGUGGAAAUAGGAGACUCCAGCCACCAUUUUUAAAUGCAUUUCUGGUGCCAGAGCAUCUGACAUCAGAUCAAAUUUACAAGUGCUGGCUAAUACUAAACGUAGAUUUUCUAAAAUUGUUAUUCAUGUUGGCACUAACGAUGUCCUGUCGGAGAUAACUAAAAAUAAUGUUAAAGAGGUGUGUGAACUUGCAAAAAUGAUGUCAGACACUGUAAUAUGCUCUGGCCCCCUCCCUGCUCGUUGUGGUGAUGAGGUUUAUAGUAGAUUUGUGUCACUGAAUGGCUGGAUGUCUGAGUGGUGUCUGGAAAAUAGCAUAGGAUUUAUAGACAAUUGGAAGAGUUUUUGGGGUAGACCCAACCUGCUAAAGAGAGACAGACUCCAUCCCUCCAGGGAAGAUGCCGCUCUCCUCUCUAGUAAUUUGGCUCUUUGUCUCAAUAGUGAUAGUAUUUGACUAAUUGGGGCCCAGGUCAGGAAGCAGACAUACUGGUUAAUCCGAACGUCUGCUAGCUGCCUUGAGACGUCACACAGGUCACAUAAACUACGACACAUAGAGACUGUAUCACCUAGCUAUCAUAUAGAGACUGUGUCUGUUCACCAAACUACCAAAUACAAACUCCUCACUAAAUCUUUUAGAAAAAAAUUUAUAAAACAAAAAAAAAAUUGAAGAUAAACAAAAUAUAGGGCUACUAAAUAUUAGAUCUCUUUCUACCAAAACACUAACUGUAAAUUAAUUGAUUACGGAUCAUAGUUUGGAUGCGCUCUGUUUGACUGAAACCUGGCUUAAACCAGAUGAAUAUAUUAGUUUAAAUGAAUCUACUCCCACUGGUUAUUGUUAUAAACACGGGCCUUGCCUGAUGGGUCGAGGAGGUGUUGCUACAAUUUACAGUUAAGUUUUUGGUGUUACUCAGAGGACAGGAUAUAUGUCUUUUGAGAUACUUCAUAUGCAAAAGUCUUUUGAUACUAAUAAUGCUUAAUGUGACACCGUCAGAUAUAAAUAAAAAAAAUCUCUGUCAUCUUUUGCCCUUGCUACAGUAUAUAGAUCACCGGGGCUGUACUUAGAUUUCAGAUCUAGUAGUUGCUGUAGAUAGAGCUUUAAUUGUUGGUGACUUCAACUUUCACAUAGAUAAUGAAAAUGACACAUUGGGAUUAGCAUUUAUCGAUAUUCUCAACUCUCUUGGAGUCAAGACAAAAUGGGACAGGACCAACUCAUCGCCAUAAUCAUUUGCUAGAUUUAAUUUUGUCAUAUGGAGUUGGUUGAUACUAUAGAUACUCUCAGAUAGAUAGAUCAUUACCUUGUCUCUUGUUUGCUGCGAUCAGCUAUUGUCACUCAAUCUACACCAUGCUAUCGUUCAAGCAGAACUAUUCUUUCAACCACUAAAGACAGCUUCACUAAUAAUCUUCCAGAUCUAUCUCAUACACUCAGUAAGCCCAAAAGUCUUGAAGUUGAUGAAAUAACAGAAAAUAUAAAUAGUCUUCUCUAGCACUCUUGAUAGUGUUGCCCCCCCUUCAAAUAAAAAAAAUUCAAGAAAAAAGCCCAGCACCAUGGUGCAAUGAUCACACUCAUACUCUCAAGAGAGCAGCUCGGGAAAUGGUGCGCAAGUGGAAGAAUACAAAUUUAGAGGUAUUUUGUGGUGCACAGAAAGAUAGUGUCUGUAGCUACAGACAGGCACUAAAAGCUGCCAGGUCAGCAUACUCAUAGAAAAUAACCACAACAAUCCUAGGUGUUUAUUCAGUACUGUGGCUAAAUUGGUUAGAAAUAAAGCAUCGACUGAACCAGAUAUGACGCAGCAGCACAAGAGUAAUGACUUCAUGAAUUUCUUUACUGAUAAAAUUGAAAUAAUCAGAAAUAAAAUUGGAACUAUGCAAUCAACUGUCACA